AUCUUUUGCCAAAAUAGCAAGAAAGCGUAGGAACAUCCCGUCGAAUUUUGCAUUAUUUCAACUUUUCAAACAUUUCGUUUGUCAGAUAUCUUGAGUAUUAUGACACGAUUCUUCAAAAAAGUGAUAGGAUGGUGGAACAAUUUGAACAUAUUUGUACGAAUAGCAAUACCCGUUUUAAUCUUCACUGUCAUUUGGCUAAUCCCUCGCCCUUACAACUACUGGUGGAUAAGAACUUCAUUAUAUUGUGAUGGGAAAAGGAACGACGAACAAAAAUACUUGGUUAUUCCCAUGCUAACGACAAUAACGGAUUCAGGCCUUGGAAACCAACUAUUCGAAGUAGUUUCCUUACUUGGAAUGGCAGAGGUGUUAAACAGAACUGCGAUAUUCAACAAAGACGACACAAUGCUCAACGAAAAGCUCAGUUUCUUCCGAGAAACAGUUCCACGUGUAGCCGAGAAGGUGGCCUCGAUGCCUAUUGAGAUCUCAAAGUCCGCUCGAUUCGUCGCACCAGUCGCCUGCUGUUACUACCAAUACACGGGCCUGCUCACUUGCGAUCAGAGCAAGUUCCUGGUCAUUGAUGGGAUGCAUUUCCAGAGUUACAAAUAUUUUGCACCCAUCGAAUCUACCAUCAGGCAGUUGUUGAAGCCAACCCCGGAAGAACUAGCCAGAAUUUCAAUGAAGAAUCAGGAGGAAGGUCGUCAUGGUACCUGCGUGCACGUUCGUCGUGGAGACUUUGUCGCAGACUCGCAGCACACUGGGACAGACGAAACAUUUACUAUCAAGGCAAUCGAGUAUUUGUUCACUAAAUACAGUGGAACUAUUUACAUGAUCAGCAACGAUCCAGACUGGGUGGGAGAGCAUAUUGUGAACCAUGUCGCUUUUCGAAAUGAUAUGAAAGUGCUAAGAACUCCCAACAAUCGAGCCAUUGAUGAUCUCUAUUUUUCGCAGGUUUACUGUGAUUCUGUUCUGAUAACUGCCCCCUCUUCCACGUUUGGCUGGUGGAUCGGAUAUCUGUCAAAAAAUCAAUCAGCAGUGUAUUAUCGAGAUAUUCGAGAAACCACUGAUGAGGUGAAGUACCAAAUGGUCGAAGAGGAUUUCUUUCCAGAAACUUGGACAAAACUGCGGAUUUCUGAUAUGCUUUAAGCUAACAUAUUAGUGAUAGUUGUUUGUUGGUUUUACACCUUAUAUUAAUAAAAUAGUUUUUUUAAAAA